AUGCGUAUUUUAAUGGUUGGUUUAGAUGCUGCAGGUAAGACCACCAUUUUGUAUAAAUUAAAGUUGGGAGAAAUUGUCACCACCAUUCCAACCAUUGGGUUCAACGUUGAAACUGUAGAAUACAAGAACAUUUCAUUCACUGUUUGGGAUGUCGGUGGACAAGAUAAAAUUAGACCAUUGUGGAGAUACUAUUUCCAAAACACGCAAGGUAUAAUUUUCGUUGUUGAUUCUAACGACAGAGAUCGUAUUGCUGAAGCAAGAGAAGAAUUACAACAAAUGUUGAAUGAAGAUGAAUUGAGGGACGCAUUGUUAUUGGUUUUCGCUAACAAGCAAGAUUUGCCAAACGCCAUGAAUGCCGCUGAAAUCACUGAAAAAUUGGGAUUACACUCCAUUAGACAGAGACCAUGGUACAUCCAAGCCACUUGUGCCACUUCUGGAGAUGGUUUAUAUGAAGGUUUGGAAUGGUUAUCAACCAACUUGAAGAACGCUGUUUAA